GAAACCGAACCAAAGCCCACGCAGUCUCGCAUGCAUUGAACCUGUAAUGUCUCUUUGAUACGCCCACAUUCUCACUAACUAGACGCUCUCAUACAUGUGUCUCCACAUUCUACACGACGCCCUCUCAAAAGGUUGACCAUUCAAUCAGUCAUCAGCAUGCAAGUUGAGCAAGACGAACAAGAAAACAUUUCGGAUAGCGAGGAGGAAAGGACCCGGUACGUGCAAAUCCGGCCUUGUAGCAAAAGCAUUCCCAAAAACAUAUACUCGCAUGCCCUAAGUAGACGACAGCGGGGACUGGAUCGCGAGGUUAUUGUAAUAUCUUCGGAUUCCGAGCCUGAGGAUGAGUUGCAAACGGAGCAAAGGGGCGAUACAUUUGUCUUCGGUUGUGAAAAUGCUAGCCCUCCCACCGGUCAUGGACUUUUGACCUCUCCAACUCAGAGACAAGUCCCUGGAUCGUCACGUCUAAGGGUACAGGACGUAUCGAUUACGCCUACUCGGCUAAGCCACCCAACUACAGUGGCUGGUGGGAAUCGAAGUGACAUGUCUACUGCCACACGCAGCAUAACACGUGUUGCCUUUGACGAUGUCAUUGAUAUUUCUACAAGUUCUGAUGAGGAAAGGGGGCCAUCAGCUACAUUACAAAAUGAGAUCAAAGAAGAUUUAGUGCCUUGGGAGGUCGACGACGGCUCGACAUUGAUUCUUGAUGAACCGCGAAGGGCAAGGAAGCCCCUACGUAUUCCAACCUUGCAAAACAAUGAGCAUUGGAAUGGCGCCGAAGGCAGCGUUCUCAAGGAUACGCCACUGCUCAAGAGACUAUUCAAGCAUCCAGGUUAUUCCGAUGAUGAAGACGAAGAUAAUACUCGUGAUCCUGUCCCAAACCGGCCCAGAAGCAUCCCAGGAACGCCAACUCUAUCUCGAAACACCCGAGGCUCGACCUCAGCCCUGAAGGCACCUCGGAUGACCAAGAAGGCAUCGAAGGCUGCAGAACAGGCUCGCCGCGAAGUAUACGCCCAAGAACUAUUCGACGAGCUGAAUGAAUGUGUGUUCGACGAUGGUCUGCCGAAGGAGACCAGACUGGUAUGGAGCAACAGGUUGAUCACGACCGCCGGAAAAGCAAACUGGCAGAGGACGAGGGAUGGCGUGCAUACCGCAUCUAUUCAGCUGGCCAUGAAAGUGUUGGACGAAGAUGAACGGAUCCGUAAUACAUUGUCACACGAGAUGUGCCACCUUGCAUGCUGGAUCAUCAGCGCGGAACCCAAGGAGAACCACGGUAAAAUAUUCAAGGCAUGGGCGGCCAAGGUCAUGCGAACCAGGCCUGACAUCGAGAUUACGACCAGACACGAUUAUGAGAUCAAGUAUCCGUAUGAAUGGAAAUGUCAAGAAUGCUCCAAAAUCUAUGGUCGCUUCAGCAAAUCUAUACGACCAGAUGAAUGUGGUAAGCAAACGACAAAUUUCGUGGAGAUGUCGCACUACACUAUACGACCAGUCUGCGGCGCCUGCAAGGUUGGCAGGCUUCAGCCACUCUUCGAAGUGAAAACAAGAACGCCGCGAACACCGAAGACGACAGCUAAUAGCCGCAUGGCGGCCACUACCCCACGCGAUUCGCCUCAUCCCGCCUCGCCCGCAGUAGAUGCAGUCAUUGACCUGACGGUUGAUGUGAACGUAGUUGACACUCCGACCAAGACAAAGAAGCGGAAGGAGAAGACAGUUGUGCCCGAAGUUGACUCUGAAAUUGAUGCCAUAUUGAACAGGAUCAAGAGUGUCAAGAUCGGAUUGGAAUGAAGGAGGGAAGGGGGAGUGAACGGUAGAGUUCUUGUGUUUGCUGCUUGUAUGAUCAACACAUGAUUAUUGGGACAUGUAUAGUAUUUCCUGGAAACACAGGGUGCCGUGUUACCGAUUGACAGAGCUGAGACUGGCAGCAGUUGAAUCCAAGGUCAGAGACGAAACCAACGAGAGAGUUCAAAAAAAGACACGGAAGAUAUCGAGCGGACAAUUGAUGAAAAACCCAAGUUCGAACAGGUUCGAGCUAUCCUACGCAGCGUAUCUAGGAUUUGUCUCAGAAGCAUACUGCACUGAGCUGGUCUGCGACUGAACUUAAGCUGUAUUCUUUAUGGUAGUCACAUUCAUUCAGAAAUUGAGAAUAGGGUGUAGCUAUUUCGAUUGUAUAGAAAUGAGGCAUAUUUAGAUGUUCUGUCUGGCAACGGACGCGCAAUAACGCGAUGAAGGUAUU